UGAAAAACUCUGUACCGUUUGAAAUAUCCACUGUGCUCUCCGCAAUCAACGAUAUCGAAGCAGAGCAAAGCAGAGAGGCGGAGGUAAUCGGUAGGGUUAGGGUCUGGCUCCAAUCUCGGCGCCGCCUGGUGAUGGUUGCGGCCUUGCGGGCUUCGGGAAUGGCGUGAGGGGUGUGCCUUGGGGACGGAUCGGGCCUCUCGUGUAAACGCCCCCCUCCCCCUUUCGUUCUCUUGGCUUCUCCUCUUCUCCUCUCUCCUCUUGCCCGCUGGCCGAGGCCUUUUGUUGCUACUCCUUGUCGAGAAGAGCCAGAGGGAAGGAAGAGUGAAGCCGGUGGAUCGUUGUUUUCGCUCUAGUUGUGGAUUCGGCGAUCGUGAUUGUGGCAGGCAUUCCGACUUCUCUUUUAAAGGAAAGGUUGCAUAGCAGAUGACUGGUUGGAUGAUGGUAUCUUCUUCCCCCACAGGCUGUGGAGUGAUUUAAGUUACACUUUAUAGCCAUCUUUGACACUUAAAGCCGCGUCAGGAAUGACUUCUCUCUGUCAGGCAAAUCUCCUUUGGCAGUUUACAACAGUCUAGAAGAGCUCCUGUAUAGGGCAAAUCUCCUUUGGCAUUGAUUAUCCAGGAUAAAUACUAGUUUGGGCAAAAACGUCCAUUAUAAGCAAACUAGCUAUUCUGGAAUAUUGUUUGUGGUCAAUAUAUGUGGCAUAUUCUGCUUUGUUGUGCAAAUCUCCUUUGGAAGGGAAGAAGCUUGUGAAACUUUUUCUUUUUCCAGGCAAAUCUCCUUUGGAAAGAAGGGCAAAUCUCCUUUGGCAACUUAGACAUGAAUCCUCUAUCAAGGGCACAUCUCCUUUGGCAGUGACAGAAUCAGAUACAGGUCAAACUCCUGCAUCUUUUAUCUGGGCAAUUCUCCUUUGGCAUCAAGUUCGCAAGCUUAUCAAAAAUAACAGCAUAUUGGUGAUAAAAAACCAGUUGCUGUUUUGUACUAUCAGUUUACUUAUUGUGAUAUCGUAAAUUUGAAGAAGUAAAUUUGACCAUAAAAUUUUCUGUGCUGUAUAAGUGGCUUCCUAUUUGUCUCCGCUUAUCAAUUUGACUCGUCAAAACAAAACUUAGAGGAAUUUAAAAGAUGGAUAUGCUAGAUAUUGACUCAGAAAGUGAGACCUACACAGAUACCAGUGACAGCGAGGACCAAGAGGACACUGAAUCUGCAUAUCGUAGGCAUGCUCAGAGCAUCCUGUCAAGUCUGGAUGAGAGCAUUGGAAAAAUUGAUGACUUUCUUGCAUUCGAAAGAAGCUAUGUACAUGGUGACAUUGUCUGUUCCAUCGCAGAUCCCUCAGGUCAGUUAGGCCGGGUCAUGGAUGUUGAUAUGAUCGUAGAUUUGGAGACGAUUUCUGGUGAACUGAUAAAAGAUAUGAACAGCAAGAAGCUUCUUAGGGUCAGGUCCUUUGCACCUGGAGACUACGUGGUUCAUGGGUCAUGGCUUGGAAGGGUGGAGAGAGUAGUUGAUUUGGUUACAAUUUUGUUUGACGACGGGGCACAGUGUGAGAUAUUGAUGAAAGACACAGAAAUUUUAACACCUCUUUCUCCUGACAUCUUCGAAGAUACACCAUACCCAAAUUAUCCAGGUCAGCGUGUAAGGUUUAAUGUUCCGACAAUUUCCAAAUCUGCUAGAUGGUUGUGUGGCUCAUGGAAGGUGAGUCGAGAUGAAGGUACUGUUUACCAUGUGGAGGUAGGAUCAGUGCAUGUUAAAUGGAUUGCUUCUGUCAUGAACGCUUGGGGCAUCCAUUCAUCAACUCCUCCUCAUUACCAAGAUCCAACAAACCUUACUUUGCUGUCCUGUUUUGCAUGUGCUAAUUGGCAACUUGGUGAUUGUUGUAAACUUCCAGUUGAUUACUUUCAUGACACACAGAUGACUACUGAAAAGUCUGCACCUCUGAAUGCUGCCCCAAAUAACCUUACCAAAAUGCAGAAGGAAUUAGGUGUAAAUGGUCAAGACUUUAAGCAGAUGUAUGUCAUUGCAAAGACCAAGAGCAAGGUUGAUGUCCUGUGGCAAAAUGGCGAGCACUCAUUCGGUAUAGACCCACAAACCUUAUUCCCAGUGAACAAUCUUGGGGAUCAUGAUUUUUGGCCAGAACAGUUUGUGUUGGAGAAGAUCACAUCAGAGGAUGUACAUGUUCCAGGAAUUCAACGCCUUGGGAUUGUGAAAAAUGUGGAUGCACAUGAACGAACUGUGAAUGUGAAAUGGAUAGCCCCUGAAGUUAAACAGGCUGUUGAUUUUAGAUGUGCAUCUAGUGUGGAGAUGGUUAGUGCUUAUGAACUGGUUGAAAAUCCUGACAUGUCCUUUUGCAUUGGUGACAUUGUGUUUAGACAUAUUCCAUGUUUUGAUUAUAUGGAAAAUAAUCUCGAGGUCCAUAGUUUUGGGCAGAGACAAAGGCAUAAUCUACCUGAGCAAGCACUAAACAGUACACUUGCAGGAGCAGAUGCUCUUCAAAAGAAGCACAUUGGUGAAACUCAUGAAGAAUAUUUUCAAGGUUAUUUAUCUUGUAUAGGCAAUGUCAUUGGUUACAAGGAUGAAGGUAUUCAAGUAAGAUGGGCUAGUGGUAUUAUAUCCAAGGUUCGGCCUAUUGAAAUAUUUGGAUUGGAUAGGCUUCUUGAUCCUGCUUCAACAUCGUCAUCUCUUGAGGAAUCUGUUCCCCCAGAUGUCAGUAAAGAAAUUGCUGAGCAAGAGAAACAAUUAUUGCAUAAGAAAGAAAAGAAGAUUGUAAACAAUGCCAGUGAAGAUCGCAUAAAAGAUGUGUGGAAAACUACUGCUUUUUUGUUUCCUCGAGCAGCUUUUGGAUUCCUAACAAAUGUUGCUACAAGUCUAUUUGGCUCUCGUGGUUCCACUUCUUUGUCUGGCUCAAAAGGAGAUGCUAAGUAUGAGAUUCUGAAGACAGAAGAACUUCAAUUGGAUCUGGAAGACUUAGAUCCAGUAAGUUUGAAGCGGCCAGUAGAAGAAGCUAAACAAAGUGAACAACCAACAUUUUUACCAGGCAAUGACAUACCAGGAAACUUCAAACAAUUUGAUAUUGUUGAUGAUUAUUCAGAUCAUCAUUUUCUGAAUGGUAUUGGCAGUGGCUUUGUAUCAUCCCAGGGAACAAGAGGUUGGUUGAAGAAGAUUCAAAAAGAAUGGAGCAUCCUAAAGCAAGAUCUACCAGAUAGUAUUUAUGUUAGAGUUUAUGAGGAAAGAAUGGAUCUCUUGAGGGCAUCAAUUGUUGGAGCACCUGGAACUCCCUACCAUGAUGGCCUCUUCUUCUUUGAUAUCUUCUUUCCUCCUGAUUAUCCUCAUGAACCACCUCUGGUUCACUACAGAUCUGGUGGGCUUCGGUUGAACCCAAACUUAUAUGAGUCGGGAAAGGUCUGUCUAAGCCUUCUCAAGACAUGGAUGGGUACUGGUACUGAAGUCUGGAAUCCUGAAAGCUCCACCAUUCUUCAAGUCCUGCUGUCCAUUCAGGCCCUUGUUCUCAAUGAGAAACCAUAUUUCAAUGAGGCCGGAUAUGACAAACAGAUGGGUAGAGCUGAGGGUGAGAAGAAUUCCAUCACGUAUAACGAGAAUGCGUAUAUAUUGUCAUGCAAGUCGAUGUUAUACCUCUUGCAGAAGCCGCCUAAGCAUUUCGAGGCACUUCUGGAAGAGCAUUUUACUCGUAGGUCUCAUCAUAUUCUUGUUGCCUGCAAAGCUUAUUUCGAUGGUGCCCAGGUUGGACAUGCUUACAAAUGUGGAAAGGUGGCAGAUGAAGGUCAUAAGCACUGUUCCCAUGGUUUCAAGAUCAUGCUUGCAAAGCUUUACCCAAAGCUUGUAGCAGCCUUCAUGGAAAGGGGGAUUGAUUGCAGUCAGUUUCUCGACAAAGUUGAUCAAUAUCCUGGUACAAAUUAAGACUUGUACUGAUAUAUCUAAAACUAGUGUGUACUUAACUAUGACUGCUAAUGUGUUGCCGAAGAGACAUCAAAAUAAUAUUUGUCAACAUAUCUGUAACUACAUGGGUUUGCUAUGUAUUUAUGAUGCUAUACACUGAAUUCUAUAUUGAGUGUGAUACUGGGGUUACCAGUUUGUAACUGCAAGUAGGAGCAUUUGUGUUUGUUGGUCUGAAACUGUUGAUUGAAUUUUAUUUCCGGAAUGAUA